AUGGGUUCACCAGCCCCCAUGUUCCAGUGUCCCCAGAAUGGUCACCGAACCCCCAUGUUCCAGUGUCCCCAGAUGGUUCACCAGCCCCCCAUGUUCCAGUGUAAGCGGACAGUUCACCCAGCCCCCCAUGUUCAGUGUCCCCAGAUGGUUCACCAGCCCCCAGAUGUCCCCAUGGUUCACCAGCCCCCCAGUUCCAGUUCCCAGAUGGCUCACCAGCCCCCAUGUUCCAGUGUCCCCAGAUGGUUCACCAGCCCCCAGAUGGUUCACCAGCCCCCCAUGUUCGUGUCCCAGAUGGUCAAGCCCCCAGAUGGUUCACUCAGCCCCCCCAUAUUCCCAGUGUCCCCAGAUGGUUCACCCAGCCCCCCAUGUUCCAGUGUCCAGAUGGUUCAGCAGCCCCACAUGUUCCAACGGUUCACCAGCCCCCCUUGUUCCAGUGUCCCCAGAUGGUUCACCACCCCCAUGUUCAGUGUCCCCAGAUGGCUCAUCCCCCAUGUUCCAGUGUCCCCAGACCCAGCCCCCAUGUUCCAGUUUCCCCAGAUGGCUCACCAGCCCCCAUGUUCCAAUGAAAACCCCAGAUGGUUCACCCAGCCCCAGAUGGAUUCACCAGCCCCCAUAUGGUUCACCAGCCCCCAUGUUCCAGUGUCCCCCAGAUGGUUCACCAGCCCCCAGAUGGUUCACCAGCCCCCAUGUUUCAGUGUCCCCAGAUGGUUCACCAGCCCCCAUGUUCCAGGUCCCCAGAUACCUACCAGCCCCCAGAUGGUUCAUGGCCCCAUGUUCCAGUGUCCCCAGAUGGUUCACCCAGCCCCCAUGUUCAGUGUCUCAGAUGGUUCAGCAUCCCCCAUGUUCCAGUAUCCCCAGAUGGUUCACCAGCCCCCAUGUUCCAGUGUCCCCCAGACGGUUCACCCAGCCCCCAUGUUCCAGUGUCCCCAGAUGGUUCAGCCCCCCAUGUUCCAGUGUCCCCCAGAUGGUUACCUGCCCCCAUGUUCCAGUGUCCCCUGA